CUUUGACAGGGGCACCUAUUUAAAUUCCGGUACCUUCAACGCAGUAUCAGCAACCAUGUUUGUAGUCAUUUAUCAUGGAAGUGGUGUUCUUCCAAAUUAAAAGUAGACUUGGAACAGUGCACUGAAUGUUUUACAUACUUUCAAUACCCAAUUUAAUUAAAUUAAAAAAGUUCGCAUUUUAGCUGAAAACAAAACGUUUAUGAGAACUGCUACUUUAAUGUAAAAUACAAAUAUAAUUGUAAAAUGGAAUUUGGUUUUUUUUAACGUCCACUUAUGUAUGCUUGGCUAUGAUCAGUUCAGACAAAAAACAAAAAUAAUGUGUCAGUUCGGUUAGUAGUUAUCUCUUAUGGCAUUAUUGAUAUCAAUAAUAUUACAUCAUCAUUUCCAUCAACCUUGUCCUUUCUCUGCCUCUAGGUAAACUAGGUCUGCUUAUUUUUAUCCUUUGAUUAACUGUAAAGUAUUUUGAAGUUGCAAGACUUUCUUUCUUUCCUUCCUUCUUUCUUUCUUUUUUCUUUCUUUCUUCCUUGAUUUCUUUCUUUCUUUCUUUCUUACUGUCUUUCUUUCGCAGGAAAGUUACUUUAUAACCCAACAAGUAUGUACAUUAACGUUUUAAAAACAGACGCCGACGUAAAACGUCCACCCUAAGCAUCUUUAAAGGUCAUUUUGUCCAACAGGGGGCGACAUUAUCUGUAGGAAUGGUUGUUAAAACGUCCAGCAGCAGCAGGAUCAGUAUCAGCAGCAUCCUACCCUCAAUGGAGCAUCACCUCCUCCUCCGCCUCAUCCUUCCAGGACUUUGACGGCUGCCUGCUUCCAAAGUGGCAAAAGCAAGUCGAUGACUGAGACCUCUGCUUCGCAUGAUGGACAAAAAAAGUGGCAAUGGCUUUCAGACUAAGGCAAGUGAGGGUGGCGGACAGAGGAAGCAGUUGCCCUACUCUGUGGAAACUCCCUAUGGCUUUCACUUGGACCUGGACUUUCUCAAGUAUGUUGAUGAUAUUGAAAAAGGCAACACCAUCAAAAGGGUUCACAUUCAACGCAGGGUCAAAGGCCCGCCCAAAUUUAGCACACUUCCCCGAAAUUUCAGUCUGCCUGGUCAUGGAGCCAAACCUGUGUCUAAAGAAAAGGAGAGCACAUGGUCUGGAACAUCGACAUUGGGUCCUAAGCCUAAAUCCCGGGUGACAGAAGUUCAACAAAUCUUUGACUUCAGGACAAACGAGAUGGGAUCUUCCAGCCAGAGCAGCAAGGGGUCUACCAGUCCAGGAAGCAGUUAUGUUCCCACAAAGCCCAGAGACGAUAUUAGCAAAGUAGUGCGUGCUGUUGAGGAGAAAGCCGUAGAACUACAAGGUCGGCCAAACCUGCUGAGAGCAUCAAGCAUGCCUGUCACUCUACAACAACGGAAGGGCUCGGAUUCAAGUAGUCCAGACCGUACUGUUGGAACACCAGAGAACGGCUCCACAGAAAACAUGUUCAGACCCUCGCCAGACAUCACAGAGAGACGAACUGUUCCACAGGAGCGAACAGGGCUGCAUCAUCAGAUCACAGUGGCUCUAAAGCGUGUCAGAGAGUUGGAAGAGCAGGUGAAAACCAUUCCAGAACUAAAGGCGCAAAUUUGUUCACUGAGGGAGGAAAGAGAACAGUUACUGCUGCAACUCAAAGCCAGAGCCCAAGAGCAGAUUUCAGCGUCACGAUCACAAACUACUCCUGCUUCAAGCGCUGCUGCUGAGUCACAGCCAGGACACAGACCUACAGGAGGGCUCAAUUUAGUUCUGAAUCAACCCACUGGUGGGGCGGAGUUGUCAAAAGCAGAGUCGCAGAGACUACUGCAACCAUCAGAAAAAUCAGACAAACCAAAAGAGGAGGACACAGUGCAAAGGCUGCCACAUGACAAAGCAAGACAGGGAUCCCCAUCACCUAAGCCAGCUGUAAAACAUACGGAGACUGUCAGUGUUAAAGACAGUGAUGCAGAAAAAUACAGAAAAUCUGAAGACUUAGAGAGUCUGCAGAUUCUUCAGGAGAAGCUAAUGAUACUGGAAGAUAAGCUCACUCAGGCCAGCCACGAGCUGGAGAAUACCAACAGCCUUCUAAAAGAACAAAUUGAGGAGAACAAAGUAAAAGAGGAGAGAAUACUGCAAUUGAGCGAAGGCAUGCAUGUGGAGAUUUGUAGCACAGAAGCAGUGAGCAGGUCAAGAAGAGAGAGUAUCGACACUGGCACAGUGACAGAAAAAGUAAGUUUUGCCAACCAGGAAACUGAGACAGAACUGGUUGUCACCAUAGACCAGGGGACAGAUACAGAUAAGAUAUCUGUUCCAGUAUGUGUCUCCAAAGAAGGUGCUGCAAGUAUGGAUGGAGUAUCUGAAAUUAAAGUUGAAGUACCUGAACAUGUCACCUUGUUAGAGGCAGAAGCCGCUGCGAUGAGUCCACCAAGACCAAGAGCCAACAGUAUGGAACGCGGCACGGUCACUGAGAGGGUUGCUACUCAGGACCAGAUGACGGAGACUCAUGUGGCCCCGAGGGUGAACCAAGUCACAGAGACUGAGGGAGAGACUGUGACAGACCAUCCACACAGACGGAGGGCAAACAGUGUGGAACGAGGGACAGUGACAGAGAGGGUGGACACUGUGGACAGAGUGACAGAAACGGAGGCAGCGCAGAGGACUGACCAGCAGACGGAGACAGAGAGGUUACAGGACAACAAUCCAACGAGAGAAGCAGAGACACAGAAUGAAGUUGGAGAGAGUGUGAGCAGGGAAAGAGUAGAGGGCGCUGAAGGUAUUAUCAGUGACAGAGUGGAGGAGAGUAAGGCUGUGGGUGAUGAAAAAGUGGAAGACAAAAAGGUAAAAGAAAGAAUUCAAAGAGAUGGUCAAAAACUGGUGCUAGAUGUCGUCCCAAUAACUACUGCUGGCGUUCCAGAAAGUGUAAAUAAAGAAGCUGCACCUUCAGAAACAGUGAGACAGGAUAAAGAGAAAGGUUUAAUUGAUGCAAAAGAAGAAGAUAAAGAAUCUUUAAAUGAAGUCAAAUCUGCACAAAACGACCUGGAUACAAAAGAAAUGAUACACCCAGAGAGUGAAGUGAUGGAAAAAAUUGGAACAAAACAGACUGUGGUAGAAAAAACAGAGAAGAAGAAAAUAAUAAAAGAGGAAAGUGUGUGUUCAACAGUCACAGAAAGUAUAAACACAGACAUUGUUGUAAUUAGUGCUGUAGAGAAUGAAGCAGAAAAGACAGCCGCUCCUGUCAGACCUCAGAGAGGACGGAAAGCUUCUGCGGAGCAGGUACAGCCGUCACCUCCUCAACCUCAACCUCAGACUGAACCUGUGUGUCCACUAAAAGGAUCCAGUGAAGCUCAGGCCCAACAGCCUCAAACCGAGCCACAGCCUCAGGAGCAAAUACAAAGGCAGGCUCAACAUAAGGCUCAAACCCCAACACCGCCUGUGGAAGAGCAGGCAAAACCUCCAUCAGUGACUCCGGCUGAGGACAAACCCCAACUGAAAAAAACAGCAGAGGAAAAAUCACAACCUCAGGCUGAGACUAAAGGUUCAACUCCUGGCUCCAGGCCAGUCCACGCCCGUCCCAAAACAAUUCAAGCCCAGUCUCAUUCCCAAACCUCUGCUCGCCGGGACUCAAAAGAAUUCAAAGCACCACAGAAAGCAUCCCAAUCUUCUAGCCGCAGAGUGAUCGACUCCUCAAGCCGUCCAAUUCGUCAAGGGUCAAGCGAUGUGCAAACCCAGGUCUCACGCAGAAGUUCAGGUGAGACACAGCCACAUAAAAAAGAGGCCACUGAGCGCCGGAGCUCCACUGAAACAGCACACCGACGUGGUUCGAGCGAAGCCCAGGCUGCCGCACGCAAAGACUCUGGUGAGGCUCAGCCUCUCCGCAGAGGAUCCAGUGAGUCACCCACCUCUCCUGCAGCUCUAGGCCAAGUCGUAACACGGUUAACGGGGCUUCUAGGUGAGCAGUGGGCACAGCUGGGCAGCAGCUCCGGAGGGCAACAGACGGCCCCUCAGCAGGAGGUGCCCAGCACACAGAGACAGGUGGCAGGCAAAAGAACAGAGGCAGGGAAGGGAGCAGCAGCCAAGACUACGGGGAAAGCAGCUCCUGUAGCAACAACGGUGAAAGCAGCGGGGAAACCUGCUCCUUCCAAAAUGAGCUCCAUUCAGAGUCAACUGGUCAGCUCCCUCAGUGUCCUCUCCGCUUUCUACUCACCAGGCCAAAAAGCUGCUGCUGGCAAACAGCAAGAACAAGGCCUUAAAUCUAUUAUGAAGAAAAACGGAGUUGCUGACAAGCAAGGGAACAAGGGAGCCAAGAAAAACCUGAAGUUUGUUGGGGUGAACGGAGGCAGCUAUGAGUCCACUUCUAGCGAAGAGUCGAGUGGGGAUGAGAAGCCAAAGGUGGACGUGGAGGAAGAAGACAGCUCAGAGCCAGAGGUGGAGAAGGUGCAGGAGACUCCUGCAGCAGGGACGACAGAUGAAGUGCAGGACCAGGAAAAGGUCCAGGAGGUGUCAACAGAAGAAGGAGGUGCUGCGGCCGAGGAGAUGGUGGUUGAACGAGGUCUGAUGGACCCGGAGUACAGUCAGGAGGAUCAGGACGAACAGGAUAAAGUUGAUAAGGGAUUCAUCGAUGCCUGUCUCUAUGUGAGGGACCGUAUGGAAGAGGUUUCAUCUCCAGAUAAAGAAAUGCGUCAGGUUCUAGUGGUGCUCUACCAGGAGUGGUUCAAAGUCUCCAGUCAGAAAGACUCACAGGCUGACACUGUCCGGAUCUAUCUGCGGCAAGUGGGAAUGACCACGCCCACUCUACUGCCGUACGUGGUCAACCUGACAGAUGGUAACGGGAACAUGGCCUUGCACUACAGCGUGUCACAUUCAAACUUCCCUGUGGUCAAGCUGCUCCUGGACACUGGCCUGUGUGAAACAGACAAUGUCAACAAGGCAGGUUAUACUCCUGUGAUGCUGGCUGCACUAACAGCUGCUGAGACACCUGAUGACCUGGAGGUGGCGCAGCAACUUCUGAGACUGGGGGACGUCAAUGCUCGCUCCAGACAGGCAUCCCAGACGGCGCUGAUGCUGGCAGUAAGCCACGGCCGUGUUGCCAUGGUGAAGCUGCUCCUGAGCUGCAACGCAGAUGUAAAUGCCCAGGACCGUGAGGGAUCUACAGCCCUGAUGUGUGCAUGUGAACACGGACACACACACAUCGCUCGUCUGCUGCUGGAGUCAGGUCGCUGUGAUACGAGCCUGACAGACAAGAAUGGCCAGACAGCUCUGUCAGUGGCUGAAGGAGCCGCCCAUCAGGACAUAAUAGAACUUCUGAAGACUCAAAUAUCGGAGACUCCAUCUAGACCAGACCUCCUCUGAUCCAGGUCGACUCACUUUCACACUUAGACUAUUUUCAGCUUCAACUCUUCCAUUUCAAGUCAGACGUGAGGUGGAAAAUCGACCACAGAGACACAGUAAUGGCAGCCUAAGGGACCAACUCUGAUCUGUUCACUGUUUACACUCAUUCCUCUGUGACAGGGGCGUUUUCCCUCCACCAGUUUACUGUACGUCCAUGUGUUUCUUCCACAUCUCUGCCAAAACCAUCCCAGAAUGCUGCAUCCAACACUCAGUCAGGUGGUCACGUCAGACCACAUCACAGCAGAAUAUAUAAAUUUAAAUAAAAUAUGUAUAUAUGUGGAGCAGCCAAUGCUGCCUCCUAGUGUCAAGCUAAAUGUGUUCAGUGGGAAACGAAGCACAUGAUCUACCUUUCAGAGUGAUAUUAAAUGCCUAUAACAUUCAUUGCCAUGGUCACUUUUGAUAUUUGGACAUGAAGCCAUCAUUAAGAUCAUAGUAUAUAAAUCUAUAUCUACAAUACAAUGUUAAUCUAACAGAUAAUAAUCAAAUACAAACCUAAAAUUAAAAAAUGUAUUUUUUAACAGCACUUUUAUUAAAUUGUUUUUGUAUACAGUUAAAAGUCCUCUAGAAUACUGGUGUCCCGGAAGAGAAAUGUAUAUAGGAAGAGUAUGAAGAGUAUAAAAUAUAAAUCAAGUUAUAAGAGUAGGAGUUCCAUUAUUUACAAAAUUAAUGGCACGGACAUUUACCGCAGCAUUUGAAAAUGUAUUGGCUUUAUUUAGGAAGCUAAAUAAUUCUAAAUGUUGGGGGUAAAAACACAAAAGUAUUUGGUCAAAAUUAUUACGACCUUUAACUACUGCUGUAAUUAUUGAGCCACAGCACCAAUCGAUGGCAUUCAUUUACAGCGUCGUAGUGUCGAAGAAAUCUUGUAGAAAAAUGAUUCGUAAAACAAA